AACUUUGUUUUUUUAAACUUUCUUUUAGGUUUAAAUAACUUUGGUCUGGGCUAGCAUGUAAAAGAAACUCAGAUGGCUUCUUCAUUUGGAAAAAUACUGGCUCUGUCCAAACAUGUUCUGCUUCCAAAAGUCAACUUGAAUAAUAUGCUGUUUUUCAGCCCGUCACGUAGUUACAGGCAAAUCGAAGUGAAAGAAGAUGGAAAUGUUACAACUAUCAGUGGAAAAGUUUUCGAGGAAAAAGUUACAAACUAUGCGCAACGCCUUAAUCAGAAUGAUCUCUGUCCAUUAAGAAGCAGGGGAAUCCAUAUAACACCUUAUGAUGUUUUGAUAUUGAACCAAUUUAUAACCAGUGAGGGUGAUAUUUUAAGCCAAGCUGAAACUGGUUUGUCAAGAAAAGAAUAUUUUAAAGUAAUCGCUUGCGUGAAAAUGGCCCAAAGAGCAAACAUGCUUCCUGGUUCUGAGCGCCAAGUUGACAUGCAUGGCACAGAAGUUCCAAAACUGAACAGAUAUUUGACCAGGUAUCAAAUUGGAAGUCGGACGCCAAUCAAAAGUAGAGGACUGUGGUAUCGAAAGCGAUAUUUUAAAGUUGGUGAUGCCAGAUCUGUAAGAGAUGCACCACGUGUAUCACGCAAGCCACUGACAGAUAAUUUAUAAUACAGUUCGUUUCAUACUUUUCAUUGUAUUCCAUUUUCGCUAAAAAAAUUAAACCGAGCUAAACUAGUUUUCUUAGUAAAAUGUUUAUGUAGU